UAUCCAAAAAGUCUAAACGACAGGUUUUUAGCAAAUCCUUAAAACCCUAAAACAUGAAGACGGUGACCGGCGAGAUCACGGAUUCAACUCCGGUGACAAUCGCCAAAGCGGCCUCUAUCCUGUCCAAGUUCGUCUCCACCGACACCGGCGCAUCCCAGGCCUUAAAUGCUUAUCUUCGUCGCACCGCCGCCGCUUUCGAUGAGUUGGCACGCCUUCAUUCAAAAUUCGAUCGCAGGAAACACAAAAGGGAUUCAGCUCAGAUUCAGAGAGUGGAGGCGAGUCAAUCCGGGCUAGUGAAUAAUAACGAGCAGAGAUUGAAAAAGGAGGUCAAUGUAGAGGGUAAUGCGGCAGAGGAGGAGACAGAGAGGAAGAGGAGGAGGAGGAGGAGGAAGGGUGAUUUGGAAGAGGAAACCGAGAGAAGCAAUGAAGUAAAGAAGGAAAAGACAGAGUUUGAAGAGAACGAGGGUAAAGUGGUGGGCAGAGUUGAUAUCAAAGUAGAAGAGGAAAUGAAGAAGAAGAAGAAGAAGAGGAAGAGUGGAGAAGUAGAGGUAGAGUUAAAGGUAAAGGAGGAGGAGAGGGAAGGGAAGGAUAGAUUGAAAGAUGAGGGCCAAAGGAAAACGAAGAAGAGGAGAAAACAUGAAGAUGAAAACUGAGCUAAAAAAGAGUUUGCGUUUUUUUUCUUCGAUAAUUGCAUGUUUCAAUGACUGGUGGCAUUGAGGUUUACUAAUUUCCAGCUAUAUCCAUGCUCUUACAUAUUUCAGUUGUCGUUGAACUUCAUAGAUUGCUUGGAAAAUUUUGCAUUUUUAGAAGUGAUUAUAAUUCUUAAAGCAUAAACCACUAUGCUGAGCAUCAUACUGAAGCUGAUAUUGCCUGAUGGUUUGUGCAUGCUGUUAAAAGCAGACCCUGUAUAAUUCUAAAACUAGCCAGGUGUGGUGGGCAUCAGCACCCUUGCUGGGUCAACUCAUUCAACCUGGCGGUGCAUUUUCUUUGCCCAUCUGGGUGGGCUAUACACGCUUCCAGUUAGUAGAGUGAGCUUUUCCGUGGCCCAUCCCAUCAUAUUGCUAUGACCAUUCAAGUAUUUCACUCACUGCAGUGCCGAAUUCUUUACACGCAUCCACAGACCAUGAUUAUGAUUUUUGUCAGGCCCAUCCAACUUCUGUAGAGCAUUUCGAAUAUCAUUGCCACCUUAUUGUAAUACAAUUAACAGUUUAUCUCUUGUUCUUUCCUCCCGGAUGGAUAUAGAAUAUAGAAAAUACCGUCUUUUUCCCGAGCUGUAGGUCUUAGUGAGCUCUUCAAGCUGCACGGACAGUAAUAGGUAAUGCCACUAUGCGCAGCGCUGCAUUCUGUAUAUACAAGCUAUCAAAGGAAUGCCCGAGGAAUCUCUCGCAGUUUCAAAACCUGCACGCAAUAUUAUCUUCCUGAAAGUAAACUCUAUGUUUUCCAGUUGUUGGGAAAUCGGAUGAGACAUGCUAUGCUGGGAACCCUUACAAGUUGCAAUUCAUGACAAAAAUGGAUUUUCUCAAGAGCUAGAAGCUGGGUUUAGUUUUCUGUCACACCUAAAGGAGCUCGAAAAUACAGGGAAAAAAAAAAUCCAUAUCCAUCAUUUGAAAGUUUUCUGUCAGGGCCAGUAACUAUACGGCGUGGGAGCCCAGUUCUACACUCUUCAAAGAUGAACUGUGCCGCAGGAUUGAUACGUAUUGUGGUUACAGGGGUCACGACUCAUGACAGGUGUUUACGACAGAGGAUCGCACUGUCGAACCCUUGCAUGAACCUUCUGAAUGCAAGAAGGUUGAACUGUAUCGUCUUCGGGUCUUCUUCCCUAGCUAGCCGACCCAUAACUUUCCAUUCUGAUAUCCUAUGACUUCGGUACCCUGUUCCAUUUUCCAAAAAUACUAUCUGUUUCGAUAAUUUUAUGAUGCCAUUUCAGAGCAAUGGCUUCAAUACUA